AUGAUGCUCAAUUUCGCCCCGCACAGCGUCUCUUACCUCGUCUCUGUCGACAUAGAGACGCCCAAGAAACACCGUAUUUUCUCUACAGAACGCUUCAAGUCGCUCACCAAGCGAGUAAAAUGGAGACGUCGACAGGCCGACCUCUCUCCUUUGCACGAGUUACCAAUCCCUAUCGAGAAGCCACUGCCACCCAUCCCGACGGAAGAGUACACGACUGUACCUCCAGUUAUCACUUACUGUCUGGUCGACCCCGUUGAGCUAACAGCUUCCCCGUCACCGCAUAUUGGUCUUGACCUCUGUCGGUUAUUUUUCCCUCCGUCAAUGAUCGUCCACAGGACGAUCGCUUUUAUGCCUUGCGUCAAGAGGUGUACAAGUUGGUCACAAAACAGUGAGCCAACGGUCCAUAUGUCCACCUUGUUGUCAUUUAGAGACCUCUGGUUUUCUGAUAUAUUACAGUGCUCAGACACUAGUUCCCUUGGAGUUGUUGACGAGACCGAAGCAUUCACUCCAGUCACGGUUACGCAUUGUUACCCUCAGGCACACUGGGCAAGGGCUGACCAGAACCUCGCUGACAUCGCAUAUCGACGUUUACUGCCAGUCUCCACUGAGAUUUCCAGCACUAGUGACUAUUCCGCAGAUGAGGCAGAGGAUACGCCCAUGGCUCGGCGUUCAUUCUCACCGCCAUCGAACUCGGUCCUUCGUUCCAGUUCCUCAGACGCAUCCUUUCAAGGUCCCCUCCCAUCCGGCAGCCUUCUGCUUGAUGAUUUCCGCACGAUGGCUGACACAAUAUCCUUCCCAUCUGUCAACAAUCUCAUGCAGGACGAUGCCUUUUCUGCAUUGUGUCGAGCAGUAUAUGAGGACGUCAGAGAGGCUGCCGGGCCAAUGGCCCAAGUAUCGACGUCACUGUCAGUGAGGGAUCUACGAUCCCCCGAUUGUUCAUGGCGGACGGCUUCUAGUUCUGUUGGAGUCCUUGACGACACUGGAAGCGCCCAUGGGAAGAACACCCAUUGCGUCCUACUGCCGGCCGUCUCCACCGAGAUUUCUGGCACUCAACAAGAUUCUUCGGACAAGGUCCCAGACGCGUCUAUGGCUCGCCCUUCAUUUCUACGGCCGUCGAACCUGGUCUUUCGUUCGGGUUCUUCAGAUUCUUCCGUUGAAGAUCUGGAGAUUAAUAAACCGUCAGAGGCACCAACAGCCUCACCUAUUGUCACGGGUGUCCCGUCGUUGCGUAUUCCAAAACUGACCCGGAAAAAGGGGACUGUCCCUCCCGUUCGGAUCACUGGACCCACUCACACCGGCAGGCCGUCCCCGUCCCCGUCCCGCAUUCCAACCAGUCUGGUAAGGGGCAACGACCUCGAACAGAUGUAUUACCCUCUGUUCCCUCGUUGCCGUCCUCCCAGCCAAAUACUAGGCAACUCCGUUUCCCCGCACCCAUGCCGACCAGGCGCACGCAAGAAGAAAGCGGCUCCCCUGCGCGUCGAGCACAUUGUAGGGCCUGUUCUUUGCGAUCCUCGCGAUGAAUCAACCAUACAGAAACAUCAACGAGCACAUGGAGAUGAGAGGAUGUCGGUCGCACGCCUACUGCGUUGCCGUGUUGGGUACCUUAGGGACGACCAACUGGUCACUGGAGGAGGGCUGAUACGCUAA